AUGUCACAAUAUGAGUCGGGUCGACAGGCCAAGUAUUUUUAUCCAAACGCUUUGACUGUGUCGUCUAUGGCGAAAAUUGCUAGCAGCAUGAAGUCAAGGAAAAUCGCUGAAGAGCUCCGCAUAACCUCUCCCCCCAAAGACCUCGUCCUCUAUAAAGUUUUUAAUCCAAAGGGUGGCAAGUUUAUACCCCUCGAAGGACUUGUGAUUUUAAACCCUCGGGCAAAUGUCAGUAAUUCUUUUACUAAAAGUGAGCUGACAGAUUAUACAUUUUAUGUUCUCAUAGUGCUUCCUGGGCAGACAUAUUUAAACUGUCGGCAGCUCCAUCAACACCAACAUGAACAUUUGGCAUUCACAUUAUUUACAACAGUCGUUGAAAAGGAGGUGCUGACGUUAAUAAAGACAUUAAAGUGGUGGACAAUAGGAUUUAUCGCGGAUCUAGAUCAAUUGCGACUACGUCGUAUCAACAACCAUCAUCAGCAAGCAGCUGUAGUUCACUAG